AUGUCCUUUAGUGAGCAGCAGUGCAAGCAGCCAUGUGCACCCCCUCCAUGUCUUCAAAAGACCCAAGAGCAGUGCCAGGCUAAGGCUGAGGAGGUGUGCCUCCCCCCAUGCCAGGAACCCUGCCAAGAGAAGUGCCCGGUACAAGCUCAGGAGGUAUGUGUUCCUCAGUGCCAGGAGCUAAAUCAAGAAAUCUGCCCACAGCAAGGCCAAGACCCAUGCCCACCUCCAUGUGUGGAGCCAUGCCAGGAGCUAUCCCAGACAAAAUGUGUGGAGGUUUGCCCACAGAACAUCCAGGAGAAGUGCUCACUCCCUGGCAAGGGAAAGUAG